ACUGAGCAGAUGCAAAAUUAAGAGAUUCACGAAACCCUAGGAUAUCACGCAACCCAACGCCUGUAUCUUUGCAUUCUGUUAUGUUUUACAAGGACUUAAAGUCUCAUUUGUAAACUAGAAGUAAAAAUUCAGGCCAGGUGUAUCUUGAUGUGAAUCCUUUGAGGGCUUGCAUUUCAAGUUGUGAACAGAUAUAUCUGAGUGCUUUCUUUCUGUAAUGUUAAGAGUUUCUUUUUGCCAACUUGCAAAGGCAAGUGUUAGAAUCGCAGCAAGAGGAAUGGCUACUGCUGUACAAAAGGAAAAAACUUUUCAGUAUCAAGAAACUCUCCCAAGUCUACCUGUUCCCCCACUUGAACAAACAUGCCGCAAGUACCUGGAAUCAGUGAAACCUUUCCUUGCUGAUGAAGAAUAUCUGCAAACUGACUUUCUUGUAAAUGAGUUCAAGCAGGGAAUAGGGAAAGAUCUCCAAAAGAUAUUACUACAGAGAGGAAAAACUAAACGAAACUGGCUAAAGAAAUGGUGGGAAGAAGAGGCAUACUUAAGACCUCGCUAUCCAAUAGCACCACUUAUUAACAUAGGUGGACCAGUACUGGUACCAUCAGAUAUUUGGCCAGUAGGGGAAGGAUCUCAAGCCAAGAGAACAGCUCUGUUUGUGCAUGAGAUGCUAAAGAUUUGGCAGCKUAUCUACAAAGAAGAGUUGCCAGUUCAGAAGAUUAAAAAUAAAGAUCCUUUAUGUAUGGAUCAGCAUACAAAGUUUUUUGCAUUUUGCCGUGUUCCUGGAAAGGAAGUAGAUGAACUCAAGCCUCACUUCCAGACUGCUCCCUUGCCUUCACCACGCCACAUUGUUGUUCAGACAAGAGGCAGAAUAUUUCACUGCACUGUUUUAGAUGAAAAUUAUGAGCCUUAUACUGCACCAGAAAUUGAACGGAAUCUAAUUCAAAUUAUUGAAAUUGUCAACAAUAAACCCUAUGGGCCUGGGAUUGGCAGCUUGACUGGUGAUGACAGAAAUACUUGGUAUCAACUUAGAGAAAGAUUAAUAAAUCUUCAUGGUAAUAACAAGAAAUAUCUUACUGACAUUGAGACUUCUCUCUUCAACUUGGUUCUGGAUGAACGCGAUGUGAAAACAGAGCAUGAGGCUACUUUUCAAUCAUUAUGUGGGGACUGUAAAAAUCGUUGGUUUGACAAGGCUUUUUCACUUUUGUCUUUUCCAUCUGGCCUGUUUGGAACGAAUUGUGAUCAUUGUCCUUUUGAGGGAGUGAUAGAUAUCGAGAUUACUAAAAUGGCAGUAGAUGGUGUAAUAUCAAAAAAUGGAGAAUGGAAGGGAAGAACAAAUAUUAGUWAAACUGAAAAGCCAUAUGAACUGGAUUUCGUUGUAGACAGUGAGAUAACCAAAGGAGUUGAACAGGCCAUUGCGAAAUACGAAAAAUCGAUAAGUAACAUUGCUUUUCGCAAGUGUUCUUUCGAGGAAUAUGGCAAACAGAUUCCAAAAAGUUAUAAAGUACACCCAGAUGCAUUUUGCCAAGUGGUUAUUCAACUGGCAUAUUAUCGAAUUCAUAAAAAGCCAGCACCAACUUACGAAACAGCUCAAACGCGUCUUUUUUAUCAUGGAAGAACAGAUACGCAACGUUCCUGUACAAACGAAGCUGUAACAUUUUGCAAAGCAAUGCUCGACCCAAAUGAAAAUGACAACAUGAAGGCUCAGCUUUUCCUCCAAGCCUGCUCAAGACAUUCCGAGUUAAUGGUAGAAGCUGUCAACGGACAAGCAAUUGAUCGUCAUUUUCUUGGUCUUGGCAUUAUCGCUCGAGAUGAAGGGUAUCCAACACCACAGAUAUUUCUUGAUAAAGCAUGGACUAAAAGCGGUGGUGGAGGCAAUUACGUACUAUCCACGAGUUGUGUAGGAUUUAGUCACUAUUACGGGCUUACGGUUCCCAUGGUGACUGAUGGGUAUGGUGUCUUUUACAAUAUUCAAGAUUCCAGGUUCUGUGCAUUAAUAUCGGUUUGGAAGGAUUCAAAAGUGACAGACCUCGAUCGAUUUUACGAUGAGUUAAUAUCCAGUUUUCAAGACGUUCGUCGGAUAUUACUUUCCUCUAAACUUUGAAACUCACCCUAAGUAAACUUCAAGCAGUAUAUAGCUGUAUACACGGCUCCAGAAUUAUAGGAUCCAAAUCAUGAAGGAAAGACACAGCACGCACACAUUAGUUUUGAAUAUUUUACAAUUAAUGACCAAGUAUAUUUUUUAGUUGCUUUCGGUUUUAACAUAUGUUUUCCGAAAUGAGUCAAUAAUAUUCAAUGAUAUGUAUUUGCAUAUGAUAAAACUCAAAUGAUCUACAAUAAAUUUCAUCAAACUGAUUUUGA